CGGGUCUUCCGAGCGACGCGCCCGGUGGAGCUGCGGGGAGCCCUGGAUCCUGCGAGCCGGAGCCACCCAGCCCGCGCGUGGCGAGGGCGGCGCGAGAGCUGAGGGGGCGCGGGGCGUAGGCUGCGCCGUGGCCGCGGCAGAAGCCGCGUGGGGCAGCUAGCCGCCAUGUUCAACCAGCAGCAGCAGCUCCAGCAGUUGCAGCAGCAGCAGCUCCAGCAGCAGCAAUUGCAGCAGCAGCAGUUGCUGCAACUCCAGCAGCUGCUCCAGCAGCCCCCCUCACAGGCCCCGUUGACCUUGGCCGUCAGCCGGGGGCUCCCCCAGCAGCAGCCACAGCAGCAGCUUCUGAGCCUCCAGGGCACCAACUCGGCUUCCCUCCUCAACGGCUCUGUGCUGCAGAGAGCUUUGCUCUUGCAGCAGUUGCAAGGACUGGACCAGUUUGCAAUGCCACCAGCCACGUAUGACAGUGCCGGUCUCACCAUGCCCACGGCAACAUUGGGUAACUUCCGAGGCUACAACAUGGCGACCCCGAGCCUGACAGCCCCCAGUCUUACACCCCCGCAGCUGGCCACUCCAAAUUUGCAGCAGUUCUUUCCCCAGGCUACUCGCCAUUCCCUCCUGGGCCCCCCUCCUGUUGGGGUCCCUAUUAACCCAUCUCAGCUCAACCUCUCUGGACGGGCCCCCCAGAAACAGGCCCGGACCCCCUCCUCCACCACUCCCAAUCACAAGGAUUCUUCUUCUCAGACCAUGCCUGUGGAAGACCAUUCAGACCCCCCCGAGGGGUCUGAGAAAGCUGCAGAGCCCCGAGCGAGCACACCAGAAGACCAAGGUUCACCCCCCUGCCCAGAUGACAUCCCUAAGGAGAGACGCACUCCAGCACCGGCGCCUGAGCCUUGUGAGGUGUCUGAGCCGCCAGCCAAGAGGAUGAAGAGCUCAGAGGAGCCUGCAGAGAAGGGGCCCCCAGGGCAGCUACAGGCGAAGGUGCAGCCACAGGCCCGGAUGACAGCACCAAAGCAGACACAGACACCAGAGCUGCUGCCUGAGCCCCUGGAAGCCCGCGUGCUGCCACGAUUCCAGCCACGGGUCCUGCAGAUCCAGGCCCAGGUGCAACCACAGACUCAGCCACGGAUGGUACCAGUGGACACCCAGGUGCAGCCAAAGCUGCAGAAGCAGGCACAAACACAGACCUCUCCAGAGCACUUAGUGCCACAGCAGAAGCAGGUGCCGCCAGAGCUGCAGCAGGAGGCAGAGCCACAGAAGCAGGUGCAGCCACAGGUACAGCCACGGCCACAUUCACAGCCUCCAAGGCAGGUGCAGCUGCAGCAGGAGGCUGAGCCACAGAAGCAGGUGCAGCCACAGGUACAGACACAGCCACAUUCACAGCCCCCAAGGCAGGUGCAGCUGCAGCAGGAGGCUGAGCCACAGAAGCAGGUGCAGCCACAGCCACAGGCACAUGCACAGCCCCCUGUACAGGUGCAGCUGCAGCUGCAGAAGCAGGCCCAGACACAGACGUAUCCACAGGUCCAUACACAAGCACAGCCAGUGGUCCAGCCACGGGAGCAGCCACCAGAGCAUCCUUCAGCGCAGGCGCCAGUGCAGCCACCAGAGCAGGUCCAUGAGCAGCUUCGGACCCAGCCGCAGGAGUCGUUGUCGGCACCAGAGCAAGCACCAGUUCAUAGCAUGGUGCCGGAGAUGCCUCCUGAUACAGUAGAAGCCGGAGGAGGCUUGGAGAAGGCCUCGCCAGAGCCAGUGGGUACCCAGGCCCGCGUGGGAGAGAGCCGGGAGGAGGCAGCCAGCGGCCUGGAUGUGGGAGAAUGUGCAAAAAGAGCAAGAGAGAUGCUAGGGGUGUGGGGCGCCGGGGGCUCCCUGAAGGUCACCAUCCUGCAGAGCAGUGACAGCCGGGCCUUUAGCACCGUACCCCUCACACCCGGGCCCCGCCCCAGUGACUCCAGCUCCACCACCCCUGUGGCCGCCAGCGCACCCGCUAAGCAGGCCCUCCAGUUCUUCUGCUACAUCUGCAAGGCCAACUGCACCAGCCAGCAGGAGUUCCAGGACCACAUGUCGGGCGCUCAGCACCAGCAGCAGCUUGGAGAGAUCCAGCACAUGAGCCAGGCCUGCCUGUUGUCUCUGCUGCCCAUACCCCGCGAUGUCCUGGAGAGAGAGUCUGAAGACCCUCCACCAAAGCGCUGGUGCCACACCUGCCAGGUCUACUACAUGGGGGACCUGAUCCAACACCGCAGGACACAGGACCACAAGCCACCCACGCAGGGAAGAGAUGUGUUUGUCUAUGUUCUGGUGCAGGGGCAGAGCACAGAUGGGCUUGUUACAGACACGAUCGCCAAACAAUCCCUGCGACCCUUCUGCACCAUUUGCAACCGCUACUUCAAGACUCCUCGAAAGUUCGUAGAGCACGUGAAGUCCCAGGGGCACAAGGACAAAGCCAAGGAGCUGAAGACUCUGGAGAAGGAGAUAGUCGGCCAAGACGAGGACCACUUCAUCACAGUGGAUGCCGUGGGAUGCUUUGAGGGUGAUGAAGAAGAGGAGGAUGACGAUGAUGAUGAAGAAGAAGAGAUCGAGGUUGAGGAGGAAUUCUGCAAGCAGGUGAGAUCCAGAGAUAUAUCCAUAGAGGAGUGGAAGGGCUCAGAGACCUACAGCCCCAACACCGCGUACGGUGUGGACUUCCUGGUGCCAGUGAUGGGCUAUGUCUGCCGCAUCUGCCACAAGUUCUACCACAGCAACUCAGGGGCACAGCUGUCCCACUGCAAAUCCUUGGCCCACUUUGAGAACCUGCAGAAAUAUAAGGCGGCCAAGAACCCCAGCCCCACCACCCGGCCCGUGAGCCGCCGGUGUGCUGUCAACGCCCGGAACGCCUUGACUGCUCUGUUCACCUCUGGCGGCCGCCAACCCGCCCAGCCGAGCACCCAAGACACAGCCAAAGCCCCCAGCAAGGUGAAGGCCCGACCCUCCCAGCCCCCACCACCCCGGCGCUCAAGCCGCCUCAAAACCUGAUAGAGGGAGUUCCCGGGCCAGAUCUGCUAAUGCUUUUUAGGAGUCUGCAUGGAAACUUUUGACACGGUUCAUGUUUUUACUCAAAAUCCAAUAAACGAAGGUAGUUUGGCUGUGCA